UUGUUUCCUGUGAUUAUGGACAGGAAAAGUAGAGUAGAUAGAGUGCAUUCUAAUGCUAGCUUUUGUUCACUGCGUCCAUUAAACGGCAGAGGAACACACCCAGUCCAUUCUUUUCUGUCCUUUCUCUGAAUCAACCCUGUCAGCAUUGUGCUUAAUUUAUCUUUACCAUUCUAGCCUUAUGUACAAGAGAGAAGCACAAAAUAAUUCAACACCUAAAAGAAACUGCAUAACUUGUAUGUUCCAGUGAAAAUCCAAUCAAGAGAGGGAAUUUUAUUAUUAUAUUUUCUGGCUUUUGUAAACCUAACCCUAUGGCAGGACAGGGUAUUUGUUGUUGGGCAGAGUUUCAGGGAUUAGCAGGUGUGAACAGGUGGCACCUUUAGUAUGACCCUGGCUGAAGAAUUACAGGAUAAGCUACAGUUGUGGAAAGAAGCGAUUUCUUCCUGCAAAGUGGCUGAACCAGAUGAGAAAAGCAGAAAGGACGAGUCUUAUAACCAUGCAGGAAUCCCUCUGGCCACAAAGCUAUGCUAUGCUAUUGGAGGAAUUCCAUAUCAGGCAACAAACAUUGCCCUGGGCUUCUCCUUCCAGAUAUUUCUACUGGAUGUUGUGCAAAUGGAGGUAUUCUUUGUCUCUCUGAUCUUGUUCGUCACUCGGGUGUGGGACGCAGUAACUGACCCUCUCGUUGGGUACCUGGUGAGCAGGAGUGGGCGGACCCCAAUAGGCAAGCUCCUCCCUUGGUCAGUUUUGUCCAUGCCACUGGGCAUUCUGUCUUACGUCCUCCUCUGGUUCAUCCCACACGCUGCACACAGCUCCUCAGUUGGUGUGCCCUGGUACCUCAUCAUCAGCUGUCUCUUCCAGACUCUAAUGAGUUGCUAUCAUGUCCCGUACAUGUCACUUAAUAUGUUUCUGGGAGGAAGUGAGAGGGACAGAGAUUCAGCCACGGCCUACAGAAUGAGUGCGGAGGUGUUGUCGAUGCUGCUGGCUGCUGUGAUGCAGGGGCAGGUGUUGAGAGUGUACAACAGAGAAAGAGAGGACUCCUGCACGGACACGGACAAUAAUGACGAGCUCACAUACAGCACCUCAUCUCCCUCCAUUGCUUCUCUACAGAACACACGAGCUGCCUUCAUGACUUCGGCUCUGCUCCUGGGUGCUCUUUUCUUCCUCUGCUGUAUGGUGCUCUUUCUGGGAGUGAGAGAACAAAGUGGGCCUGCAAGCGUUCAGAUAGAGAGGCACUCGUCAUACCUUGCUGAUCUGAAGAAACUGAUUGGCCACGUCUCAUACCAGCGCCUGGUGCUCGGCUUCCUAUUCACCUCUCUUGCUUUCCAGAUGGCUUUAGGCAAUUUUGCUUUGUUCUGCAUCCAUGUGGCAGGAUUGGGAGCUCAGUUCCAAUAUCUCAUAUUGGCUAUACUGGUUUCAGCUACGGUAUCAGUGCCCUUGUGGCAGAUGAUUUUAUUGAGGUUGGGAAAGAAGAGUACUCUCUUUAUUGGCCUACCUAUCUUUAUUCCUGUUAUGAUAGUCCUAGCAUCUGUCUCAGAGAAUUUCCCCGUCUACAUGAUCAUGUGCAUUCUGGUUGGCACCAGCGUAGCUACACUCUUCUUGUUACCAUGGUCCAUGUUGCCAGACGUGGUGGAUGAGUUCAUGGUUGCAAACCCUUGCUGCAGGGCGAUGGAGCCGCUGUUUUUCUCCUGCUACUGCUUCUGCAACAAGCUCGGAGGAGGUCUAUCUGCUGGCAUCUCCACCAUGACACUACACCUGACAGGUUAUAAAACAGGAGCAUGCAGCCACAGCGGAGGAGUUGUCUUGGCAUUACGCCUGCUUUUGGCACCGAUUCCCAUCAUCCUACUGCUGGUGGGUCUGGUCUUCUUCUAUCUCUACCCCAUCAAUGAAAUGCAGCGGCGGCGGAUCCAACAAGACCAGGAACAAACAAGAGUCAAGUCCCAGAUGCUUCCAAAUAAAGAAGACGUCAAACUACAGCAAUGCACGACUAAGAGGAGCAGCUUUCGAUCAAAGACUAGCACAAUAUCUUCUUCAUCCAGAGUGAAAAAUUCUUCUUCCCAGCUGAGAUGUUUUCCUUCAACUUCUGUGCAAAAGCACUGGGUUGCAAGCACAAGCCCUCCCGAUCGUAACGCUAGCUUAGACUGCACUGCCGAGCCGCCAUUUUAUAAACCAAAAUGGAGGUCAAAAAGCAACUUACCUGUAUCUCAGAUUAGUACACCUCAGUCUUCACUGAAGAGUAAUGAGACAUGCUCUAAGAGAGCAGUGGUUACAUGGGUGUAAAUAAAUCGGAUGUUGACAGGAAGGUGGGCUUUUUGUGAGCUUACACUGGCUAAUCAUGUUCAAAAUUAGACUGGCCUUCUAGUUCGAAUGGGUAUGACGAAAGUGUAGUAUGAAUGGGUUUGGUUGGUUGAAUUCAAUCAGAAUAAUAUUUAGCCUCCAUUUAUUAUAAUAUGUAUAUGAAUGCAACAUUUUUUUAAAAAUUGUAUAUACACUCACUGGCUACUUUAUUAGGAACACCUAUACACCUGCUCAAUCAUGCAAUUGUCCAAGCAGCCAAUCAUGUGGCAGACCAGGCAAUGUUUUUCCAAUCUUUAACUGUCCACUUCUGGUGAGCCUGUGCCCAGUGUAGCCUCAGAUUCCUGUUCUUGGCUGACAGAACCCAGCGUUAUAUUUUGCUCUUGCUGUUGUGUGUUGGCAUGGCAACACACAGCACUCUAUCCAGCUGUGGCUUCUCUGGGAACUAUUUUCGUUGAUGGAGUAAAAAUAAACAAAAUAUUUGUCCAUAUUGUGCUUGAAAUGUCAGUUACUCAAUAUUAAUUUCUUGUUUAUAGAACUGUUUUAUAAAAACAUUAUAACACUUGCAAUCGUGUUGUACUGAAUAUCAGCACGGCUGUGAUUCGGCUGUAGGUAAUCACUCUCGCUUGUGCAGUAUUGCUUAAGUAACAAUUAAUUCACAGGAACUUGUAUGGCAAACACUCCACAUAAUCUAAGGUUAAUAAUUAAUAGAUUAAAAACAUGUUGCUACUUUAGAAAGAAAGAGUAUAUUUUUAAGUUUUCUGUAAGGAGAUGUUUAUUUAACAUUUACGGAAGGAGUCUCCAGUUUCAGCACUUUGUAUUGGUCAGUAAGUUUUUUGGUUACAGAUGCAACUUUAAUGAACAUUGGCUAUGUCCCAAACCACAUGUGACUGCAGGGUAAAUGGUAUGGCCUUAACAGUACACCACCUAUGGGAGUUAUAGUAAUAGAUAGAUAGAUAGAUAGAUAGAUAGAUGACACCUGACCAUCACACCCACAUGUGGUUCUUUCCAAACUGUUGCCACGAAAUUGGAAGCAUGCAAUUGUAUAGGAUUUCUUUGUAUCCUUUAGAAUUACAAUUUCCCUUCACUGGAACUAAGAGGCCUAACAUGUUCCAGUAUGCCCCUGUGCACAAAGCGAGCUCCAUGAAGACAUAGUUUGCCAAAGUUGGAGUGGAAGAACUCGAGUGUCCUGCACAGAGCCCUGACCUCACUCCCACUGAACACCUUUGGGAUGAACUGGAACACUUACUGGACCCCAGACCUCAGUGCCUAACCUCACUAAUGCUGUUGUGGCUGAAUGAGCAGAAAUUCCCACAGCCACACUCCAAAAUCUAGUGGAAAGCCUUUGCAGAAGAGUGGAGGUUAUUGUAACAGCAAAGUGGAAUAAAUCUGGAGUGGGAUGUUUAAAAACACAAAUGGGUGAAGGCCAGGUGUCCAUAUACUUUUGGCCAUGUUAGACAGACAGACAGAUAGACACACAGACAGAUGGAUUUUAUUGAUCCCAAGGGAAAUUUUUUUUUUGUUUGUUUGUUUUUUGUCUUAGAUUUCACACACUCUGGCAGGUCAGCAGGUCAAGUGCUCUUUCUGCACUUAGAUAAGCCCUGGGGUAGGGUACUAUUGUUGACACUGUUUAAUACAGUUGUAUCUGAUUUGGCAUUAAU